CACCCGAUUUAAUAGAGAUUUUAUUUCGCUAUUAUCUUUUGAUUGCAUCAAUGUUGAAAAUACAUAAGUGUAUAACAAAGUCAACUGCUGAUGCUCGUAGUCCUUAAGGAGUGUUUAAGAUGGGAGCGAGCAUGAUACUUUUCUUGUUUAUGAUGCUUUUAGUACAACAGUGUUUCGCAGUUAGUUGCAGGACAUGCGAAGGUCAAGAAUGUUUGAAGAAAGAUGUCGACUAUAGAAUGUGCACUAAAUUGUCUUCGAUUGUUCCUCCAGAAGCUUAUUUGAUGUUACCUCAAAUCAAAGAAAAUGUCCAAUACGGAUGCUUAAAAUUGGAAUAUCCAUAUGGAGAAGCAGGAUCGUUAUUUCUGGUCGAGAAAUGUAUUAUCAUGCAGGACAUACAUUCGGUUUGCCAAAAUAUAGCUAAACGUAUUCCUUAUGCUUCUUGUUUUGUUCAAUUGGCAAGCGAUGCCGACGUAAUUUCACAAAACAAUUAUGCCAAUCAACAUGAAACUCAGGGACUAGUCGCCAAUGAAAUAUUUGGGUCUCGUAUAAGUUUGUCAACGGAAGAAACCGAAGAACAAUUCAGAGCUUCCGAAACUCAAAAUUUUGAACCAGAUAUGAAUAGUAGUACAGAUGAAGAUUCAGCACCAUUGGGCCUAACCCUUUCAAGUGAUUCUUUUAAUGCACAUCGGAAUGAUGAUGAGGAAGAUGUCGCGCGAGAGAGUCAUGAUCUUGAUAAUGUAUCAACUCUGAUGACAAUAACUAACGUGCCACUAGAAGAGUCUGAAAGAGAAUUAAAUAGCUUUGAGACAAAAGAAUCCUACGCGGCAACAGAUGGUUAUAGUUCCCAAAAAGAAUCUUCGACCGGAGGCGAUAUUACAACCGUCAAAUCAUCAAUUGUUUCAGCAGAUGAACUUGCUACCACUCUGGAUAUUUUUAGUAAUGACUUUGAUAAACAAUCAAUGUCUAGUUCGAUUACCAACUUGCCAGCAGAUAAUGCUGAAAUUGAAUCAUCAGCUGAGGAUGUAAUUUUAAACGUUCAACCUUCGGACGAAUCAUUGAAUAACAACUACGGCAACGAGCUUUCCACACAAGAAAAUUACGAAGUUACUCAACCAGAGCACGAUAAUCUGGACAACCAAUCGACUGUAAUGGCGAUAACAACGUUGCAAGCGGAAAAAGAAUCAAAUACCUUUUGGAAUGGAGGAUCUGAUGAAGCUACGGAUAACUUCAGAGCUGAAACUGAAACAUCGACUGAAGUCAAUAUUUUAACAUCUGAAUCGUCUGAUGAAUCAACCAAUCGUUACCAUGAUGCGCAUAGUACCGAUAUUGGGAAACAAUCAACUUUAGUGACGGUUAUAAAUUCUCCAACAGAUAAAACUGCAGCAGAAUUAAAUAAUCUUGAAACUGAUAAUGAAGAUGCAUCUACCGAUAGUUAUAUAUCUGAAUUAGAAUCAUCAACUCGUAGUGCUAUUUUAACCGAUCAACCGUCAGACGAAUCAAUGGAUAUUAAUGAAAAUUUUUACGAUGAGCUUACGACACAAGAACUGAUUGGUACAGGCGACGAAAGUAAUACCAUUCAUACGGUACCUACUUUGACUCAAAUUACAAGUUUUCCAAUGCAAACGGAAAAAGAACCAUUAUACUUCAAUACUGAGACAUCUGACAGUCCUAAAACUGAAUCAUCAACUUCUAUAGCGGAUAUAGAAUCAAUUACAUAUGACCAUCAAGUAACCGAUAAUCAGUAUAAUGACCUUAAUACGAAUACUGAACGUAGUUUGGAAACUAUAACCGAUACUUAUGCUAGCAAAACCUUCUCAUCUACUGUUAUUAUGGAGACAACAUCAUCAAUACAAACAACAGUGAGCAGUAGUUCAACUAUUGGUGGAACAUCAGAGCAAGAAAUAAUUGAUCAUGGCGUGCAUCAAAAUGGUAGUACCGAAGGCAAUCCUGAUUUUGUUUUAUCCACUGAUGAUGCUAAUUCAUCUAUCAAAACAUCGCAAUCGCCUACCGGAACGUCUACGCCCCACGAGAGUGAGUUAUACACGAAUCCCACUGAUAAUAUCGCGGUCGAAGAUGGCAAUGCUACAAAAGUUUUAUCAACAUCAACAUCAACUGUGGACUCUAUCGGUACCACGAAAGAAAACAAAAAUUGCAACGAAGAUGCACCUGGACCUUGUUUUACAGACGCAACAUCGACUAGGCUACCUUCAGAGUCAGAUUCCACUAAUUCAACUACAGAUAGAUCAACUGGCAAGGAUGAUGACCAAGUAACCACGUCGGAGACUGCAGAACUAACAGAAACACCGACUAUGUUUGAGUCUCAAAAUGCCUCAAAUCAGUGUUUUCUAUAUUCACCUAUCCUUUGCUCGAUUUUAUUUAUUAUCAAUAAAAUUAUUAACUGAAACCAAAGGUUUCAUGUGCUUUACAAUGUUAGGGUGUUUCUGUUAUAUGGACAAUAAAAUGAUUCGUUAAGCUGG